GUGUGUGUGCGUGUGUGUGUGUGUGUGUGUGUGAGCGCGCGCGCCGCGGAGAAGCUGGUUUCGCUCCGUCCGGCGCGAGCCCGCCGGGGGCUCCACGACCCGCCGCCGCAGCCGCUCGCCCGGCCUCCCCUGGCGCGGGCGGCGGGGGAUGGAGCUGCCGCAGCCGGGGCCGGGGCGCCCAGCAGCCUGAAGAGCCAGCGGCGCGCGGGGCCGGGGGAGGCGGGCCGAGGGGAGGGUCCUGAGAACCCGGGGGGCGGGCACGGCGCGCCCCCUCCCUCGCGCGCUCGCUCCCUCCCCCGCGCGCCCUCCCUCGCCGCCUCCUCCCGCCGCCUCCGGCCCCCCCUCGCCGGGGACCGAGCGCGCUCGCUCCGGCGCCGGCCUCGCCUCCUCGCAGCAGCGCCAUGGAUGAGUUCCACCCGUUCAUCGAGGCGCUGCUGCCUCACGUGCGCGCCUUCGCCUACACCUGGUUCAACCUGCAGGCGCGGAAGCGCAAGUACUUCAAGAAGCACGAGAAGCGGAUGUCGAAGGACGAGGAGCGCGCGGUGAAGGACGAGCUGCUGGGCGAGAAGGCCGAGGUGAAGCAGAAGUGGGCGUCGCGGCUGCUGGCCAAGCUGCGCAAGGACAUCCGGCCCGAGUGCCGCGAGGACUUCGUGCUGGCCAUCACCGGCAAGAAGGCGCCGGGCUGCGUGCUCUCCAACCCCGACCAGAAGGGCAAGAUGCGCCGCAUCGACUGCCUGCGCCAGGCCGACAAGGUGUGGCGGCUGGACCUGGUCAUGGUCAUCCUCUUCAAGGGCAUCCCCCUGGAGAGCACCGACGGCGAGCGCCUGGUCAAGGCGGCGCAGUGCGGCCACCCGGUGCUCUGCGUGCAGCCGCACCACAUCGGGGUGGCCGUCAAGGAGCUUGACCUCUACCUGGCCUACUUCGUGCGCGAGAGAGACGCGGAGCAGAGCGGCAGUCCCCGGGCCGGGAUGGGCUCUGACCAGGAGGACAGCAAGCCCAUCACGCUGGACACAACCGACUUCCAGGAGAGCUUUGUCACCUCUGGUGUGUUCAGUGUCACCGAGCUCAUCCAAGUGUCCCGGACACCUGUGGUGACCGGAACGGGACCUAACUUCUCAUUGGGUGAGCUUCAGGGGCACCUGGCAUAUGACCUGAAUCCAGCCAGCACCGGCAUGAGAAGAACGCUACCCAGCACUUCCUCCAGUGGGAGCAAGCGGCACAAAUCGGGCUCGAUGGAGGAAGACGUAGACACCAGCCCCGGCGGCGAUUACUACACCUCGCCCAGCUCUCCCACGAGUAGCAGCCGAAACUGGACGGAGGACAUGGAAGGAGGCAUCUCAUCCCCGGUGAAGAAGACAGAGAUGGACAAGUCACCCUUCAACAGCCCGUCUCCCCAGGACUCACCGCGCCUCUCCAGCUUCACCCAGCACCACCGGCCUGUCAUAGCCGUGCACAGUGGGAUCGCCCGGAGCCCGCACCCGUCCUCGGCCCUGCACUUCCCCACCACCUCCAUCCUGCCCCAGGCGGCCUCCACCUACUUCCCUCACACAGCCAUACGCUACCCACCUCACCUCAACCCCCAGGACCCGCUCAAAGAUCUCGUCUCACUGGCCUGUGACCCUGCCAGCCAGCAACCUGGACCGUUAAAUGGAAGUGGUCAGCUCAAAAUGUCCAGUCACUGCCUUUCUGCUCAGAUGCUGGCACCCCUGCCCCCCGGGCUGCCGAGGCUGGCGCUUCCCCCUGCCACCAAACCCACCUCCGAGGGAGGAAGCACGUCACCGACCUUGCCCUCCUACUCUACGCCCGGCACGUCCCCUGCAAACCGUUCCUUUGUGGGAUUAGGACCAAGGGAUCCAGCGGGCAUUUAUCAGGCACAGUCCUGGUAUCUGGGAUAAGAACGAUUUCUUCCCACGCCCUGCUCCUUCAUCCGGGUGGGCUGCACAGCCGGCCCCCAGCCCACGUUUUCGGUGGAAAGUUAGAGCAAAGCAAGAACACCCUGCCGACUCCCAGCCCAGCCGAAAAGACAAAACACACAGACACAUACACACAGGAGGAAAAAAAGAAAAAGCCAAAAAAAAAACGACAAAUGGGAAAAAAAUCAUAAAAAUAAACCCACCCAAGCAAGAAGACAAAAGGUAAAGACGGCAACGCUUCGGACCCUUGGGACGCCACAGCUGGACCUGCCACCCCUCGGCAGGGGCACGAGGACAUGACAGUGCCCGGGGGUCUCUCUAAGUUACUCAUCUCUCACUGCUGCUCUGGAAGGGCAGGUGCCCGCCUCCACCUCCACCUGGACCAGGUGAGCGCAGCCUGAGGCCCGUGCCCAGGCCCCACGGGGCAGGACGCCCAGCAGGGCCACCUCUCCCCCGCGUCCCCUUCGUCUCCGCCGCCAGGAUGUUGGCCAGGCUUCCCACGCUGGUGGUGACGGUGGUGACGUUUCCGAGCAGGAAGGCAGGCACCACGGAGGCCGGGGUGGGCAGGGGAGCGACAAGGGCAGACGAAGGUUGUGGGAGACCCUGGGCGUCACCAGGGGUCAAGGACAUGUGGCAGGUUUGUUCUCAGGAGCGUCCUGGGGCCGUCACGGGAUCUCUACCUGCCCCAAAGCGUGCACGUGCUGGGCUGGCUCGGGACUUUCAGCACCACGCCUGUCUGUCUGGGAAGAGAAGUCUCUAUGCAAUUGCCCCCCAGCCCCACCCGGCGGCAUAGAAGGCCCCCCCCCUCCACCGCACCCACCGGCGGCUCCACAUCCCCAGGGGAGGGAUCCACGUUGCACACACUGUAAGAAAUGCACUUUCCGAGGAAGGGGCUGUGGGGGCGGAAUGGGAAGACCCAGAGCUCCUCAAGUUAGGAGGUCGUCUGGCGACUCCAUCCACUGAGCCCUGGGAGGGGAGGGCCCUUCCCGCUUACCCAGAGGAGGUGGGAGGUGAGAGCGAGUGGAUUAAGUGCCUGAUUCCCACCGCCCACCCCUCUGUCCAGCUGAGACGUGAGAGUGGCCGUGGGCAUCCCCACCCCCUCCCCCACAACCCGGCCACCUUCAGUCCCUGACCCCUCAUUGCUAUGCUCCCCUCAGAAAGAUGGGGGCCCCCCAGUGGGCCUGAGGGACAGAGCUGGGUGCCCCCCAAGCAUCCUGCUGUGCUGGGGCGCGGGGGCAGGGUCUGGGGAAGCUGGUGUGCACCCCCCAACGCCUCCUCUGCCAGUGCCUUACAUCCUGGAGCGACACCCCCUCCCUGGUGCCUCAGCCCAAAGGGGGGCUACGGUUUGCACUUUUAUCUCCCCCCAAAGUGGGCACAGCCGGGGAGGUGCAUUGCAGCAGGGCCCCCAGCAGGACGGCAAUCCUGGACGGGGCGGGGGUUCUGGCGGAGGGGGUGCCCGCACCUCUGGGCCCCUGCGGCUGCAUAGGGGACCUCCAUCUGCUAAGCAUUUUCCGUUGAGCCGCUCCAAAAACACUAAGCUGGGGACACCGGGUGCCCCCCACCCCGGCUCCCCAGCCCCAUCCCACCCCCACCCCAGGGUUGCCAUCUUGAGUGGGGGGCCUAGGAGGGAGUGUUAGGUGUUGUAGGGUAACCAGGCCCAAACACAGACCCCUCCCGGCCCCUCCUCCUGAGCCCCCUGGCGGCCUCCAGCCUCCAUGCCUGGCGCUGAGGAAUAUCUACCCACCAUGACCCGCCCCGGGCCUGGGCCAAAGCCGGUGCCCUGAGCAGGGCCUCCGCCUCAUCUGCUCCCAGCCUGGCCCUCAGCUCCUUCUCUCGCUACCCCCGGGCCUGGCCAGCCUCCCGCCACUUCCAGAAACCGGACUUUCCUCCCAAACCAGCCCGAGGGGCUUGGCGAACCCACUUGAUCACAAAGAGAAAGAUCCAAGACCCUUUCCCACUCCCCCUCCCAUUGUCCAGAGGGGUUCAAGACCCCUGUGCCCAUCCAUGGGUCCCCAGGGCCCUGCAGGUGGCCGCCGGGGGCCGAAGCAUGGGCCGUUGGUUGGGAGGGCAGGAGGGUGGGUCACGCAGCUAGGGUAUCCGGAAGCUUAGCCGGGAACCUUAGGGUGCAGGUAGGCGUGGUAGGGGAGGGGGCACCUGGCAGCCCCCAGCGACCUAACUUGCAUGGUGCUUAGUCGAGGACUCCUGUGGCCUGGCUCCUGCUGUCAGCUCACUGCAGCUGGCACUGCAUGGCAGAUUCUACCUGGCUCUGUCUCCCAGCCCCAGCCCCACUACUCCCCUCCUCUUUAAAAAAAAAAAAGAUACAAAAAAAAUACCUUUAAAAAAGUCCAUGUUUCCUAAUUUGCACGAAAUUUUCUACCACAUGAUGUGCCUUGCCUUCCGAAAAUAAGUAUUACCUUUAAACAAUAUCAGCGCAAAGGUAGCUGCAUGCCCUGCUCGUGUAGUUAAAAAGAAAAAGACAAAACAAUGACAUGAAAUAAAAAGUAAAAAUGGAAAAGGGAUGUAUUUCUAUUUGUAAAAAAACAAAAAUAAGAACUAAAAAAAAAAAAUUACAUGCUAAAAAGCAGUCCACAGAGCAACUGCCCCGUGACCCGCCCCCCUGCCCACGCCCCACCUGCCCUGGGCUGUCUCCAUGGCUCCUGCUGCAUUGGGGGUGCUCCCUGGUGCUCUGCCAACCCCAGCCCCACCCCUCUGCUCCAAGGGGUCGUUUCUGAAGCCCCCGCCACAGCAGCAGACAGACCUCAGGAGCGCGCCCUGGCUCUUGGGCCUCCGGCUAGCCCCCCAGACGCCGCGCAUGCAUGACCCAGGCUGUACCCCCACGGGGAGGCCGCCCUGCCGACAGCCAGACUCCCCACCCCACCUCUCAUGCAGGCUGCCGUUCCUCUGGCUCAGGGUCAAAUUGCUCUCCCACCCCCAAAGAGGCCCCCUCUCUUCCCCUGUGUGCCCCCCUCCUUCUUGCCAAAGGACCCACUUGUCCCCCAUUCCUGGACACCAGCCUUGGGUGUCAGUUCCUUCCUGCCCUCUCCUUGCCCCCCAACACCCAGUACUACGUCUUCCAGCUGUGACUAUGGAGGGUAUCUGGUAUGAAACAAACAAAAAAAAAAACAAAAAACAAACUUGAUAUAUGCAAUACCUGUCUGUCUGUACCUGUAGGUCUAGCCCAGCCAUCAGAGGCCCCGUUAGAGCGGCCAUGGGUCAGGGGCAGCCAGGGGGACGCCCCAUCACAGUCCUCUGUCCGGGUGGCUGGCCAUGCUGUUGUCUUUUCCUUGCUUUUUAUUUUCUCAUUUCCUCCUUUUUUUUAAAGUUCCAGUUUCCUCUCCCCUAACUCAGUGGAAGGUGAGAUGGUAGCAGUGAGCGGGGUGUCCCAGCGGGGAGGACCGCAGGGCGGGGCCCCCACAGGCAUCUCCUCUGGGGACUCGCCAGUGGGACGUUGUCCACUUACGUGCCUGCUGCCCCUUGGACUUUAGAAUCGUCUCCAGAGCAGGGUGGGACUUUGCAGGAAGGUCCCAGCUUCCAUCAGCUCAUCCCACCUUUUCUUCCCAAAAGACACCGCAGCCACCCCCCGGGAGCAGGGCGAGCCCAACCCUGGCCACGGCCACACAUGGCCGUGCCCCUGAGAGCCAUCACUUGGCCGGAGAGCCCGCGGCUGCGUGUGUCCGUGUCCGUGUGUCUGAUUUCUGUCUCUAUUCCCACCCCCACCCCCUUUGCAAGGGCUUUGCUGGAGCCAUUUUGUCCCUCCGUGGACUGCACCCCACAGCGCCCCCUUCCUGCCCCAGGAGUGUGAGCGUGCCCUGUGGGCACCGUUGCCGGUACAGUUGGCGAUUCCUUCCCAGCCUGUGCGUUGUCCUGGGGCCGUUUGUUCCCAUUUCUUGGAAAAGAUACAGGGUCCCCGUUGGGCAAAGUGCCCAGGCCCCUCAUCGCAGGCAGAAUAAGGCAGAAAUGUUAGAACCAGACCCUGACCCACCUCUGCAGUCUGGGUUUAUGUCCAGGGCGGGGAUGGCGGCCUCGUUGGGUUGUUUUUUUGUGUGUGUAUUUUUUUACAUGUAUGAAACUGACAUCUUCUCAAACCCCAUCCCCUCCCAAGCCCACGCCACCCACCACUCACCCCCGCCCAUGCGAAGCCCCCCACCCUGACCCUGGGUCCAGCUCAUGCGGUGGAAAAGAGGAGGGAGCCUCCCAAAUGGAUGAGGCUGCCCCGCCCCUCACGGUUGGCACCAGACACCCCAGACCCGGGGAGAGGGAGCUGUGGGAAGACCCGGCCCUGUCAGACCGGAACGGGAGAGGAGUCCUCCGGGCCCAGGUCCGCAACCCCGAGCUAGACAAUCCGACCCGAAAGGAACCCCAGAGGAGACUGGAGGGGCUGCUGCAGCUCCCCAAGCAGCAGGCACCCGGCCGCAGCCCCAGGACCCACUCCCUGUCCCCAGAGGCGGCGUGUGCCCGGGGCAGGCGGACCUGAGUGGACAGUAGCCAGUGAGCAGGACCCUGGGCCGGAAGCAGCCUUCCGCCCCGAGGGAGGGCAGCACACCCCACCCGCUUCUCCGAUGGUACUUCGACCUCCAGUGUAGGGAUAUAUACGCAUUUUUUCUUAUCAUACAGAUUAUACGGUGGCUACUUUUUAUUUGGGCCUGGAUUCUCUCUCAGACCCUGAUUUAUUUUUACUUUCUUUCUAGAGGGUGUUGGGGGAGGGGUUCAGAGAGCCACCCUCAAAUCCAGCUUCUUCCACAUCCUCCCAUGUCCCCCCAUUUCUGCACCUUUGGACACUUUCUAAGAGUCCCACCUCCAAGCCGCCAUGGCCUCCCCCUCCGCCCGUCCCUGAACAUUUCAGAGUGUGGGGUCUGGAGUGGCCCUGGACGCCCGCGCCACCCCUGCCCCCAGCAAGGCAGGGAGACAGACCCAAAGCGAUCCCAGCAGGACUUGUUGCCAGUGAUACCAAAACAGAGUUUUCCCAAGCAGUGCCUCACACGUCUGCUGGCGUGGCUUUGGAGUUCUCCCCAGCUCCAGGGGUGGGCGGGGGGGGGGGGGUCCUCAGAAAACGGGAGUCAGGAUCUAACAGGAAUAAGGGCUCCGGGAGGGAAAGGAAGUCACCACCCCCACCCCCCCAGCUGCAGCCCUCCAUUCACACCUCCUGGCUAGACGGGGACCCUCUGGGAAGGGACGGGAGCUUCCCCAGCCCCUUGCAGUUGGGAACCCCCAAGCCCACUCCCAAGGUGCAUUAACACUUCUGUUGAUCUUCCUAUCUUGGGUCCCAGCCAGGCCCCCCCAAACCAAAGCCCCUUCAAGUCCAGGGGUCCUGGCCCUUGCCCCCAGUUUCCUGGCCUCCCACUCCCCAGGACCCCACAUGGGGGAAGGACAAGCAGAGUGAAGCAAGGGACAGAGCACACAGCGUGGGGGGGACAGGGAGACGGGAGAGAGACCCAUUUUCCUGAGUUGCCUUCUUCCCUCCUUCCCCUCCCCCCUCCCUUCCUUCCAUCCAUCCAUCCAUCCAUCCAUCCAUCCAUCCAUCCUUAAAAUUUUUGGUGGUGUUGCUGUUCACUUUCUUUUUCUUUCAAGAUAUUUUUGAGGGUUUUUUUUUUCUCAUUUUGUAUUUUACUGAUAUUACCAGGAUAGUUUACUCUGUUUCUUGCUUUCUGCUUGCCGCACAUACCGGAUAACACAUACACACCCCGAGCUAAUGUGGGGAGGUUCUGGCUGGGUCUGCCUCCUCCUCCCCAGUGUGGGGACUGGAUGGGGGACAAGGGGGCAUCUGGGCAGACCGGAGCCCAGCCGUCUCCCUCCCCUGGCUCACCCACCCUGCUCCCUCAUCAUACUCCGAUCAUAACCUUGUAUAUUACGCAGUCAUUUCGGUUUUGCAGAUGCGCCUAAGUACCAUUUACAGAAAGUGAUUCUGGCUGUUAUUAUUUUGUUUGUUUCCCUAUGCAAAAAAAAAAAAAAAGAAAGAAAGAAAAAUGGGGGGGUUCCAUAAAAUAUUCAUUAAAAGGCAAAAAAAAAAGAAAAAAUGUAUAAAAAUUAAACAAGCUAUGCUUCGACUCUU